AUGAAUCAAGGUAUAAGUCUUGAGCAAAUAUCGAAACUUUCUCCAAGAAUAAGAGAAAGACAGAUUAGAAGUCAUACAAUAAAUGUCAAAUUAAACCAAAGUCUAAUCAAUUCUUCAGAGAAACGAGCAUCAACAAUUAUAAAGCCUCCGAAUAGUUUCAGGUAACUAUAAUAGGAUUCAAAAAAAUAAAACCAUAGUCUAUUUUAAAAGGGCACUCUUGUUAAUAAAUAACUCAGAAUUUAACAUAAAAAAUAUUAUUAAUAAUAGUAUUAUAACAAAUUUUCAAAACUUUAAUUAUUGGAUUAACAUGAGAAAGCCUACCUCCCAUUUAUAGAUAUUUCGUAAUUAUCUUAUGAAUCAAAGCCAUUACCAAUAGUUAUCAAUAAAAAAAAAGAACUAAUUAAAUUGAAGUUUUAAAGGCCUUAAUUUUCUUUGUUAUGA